AUGGCGAGCUUAACCAUCAAUCCUGCAACUUUCAACACGCAAGUUGCCUUUCGCCGAAGCCUAGAAAAAGGGGCAUUAAUACUUUACGACGAAGUGGAAUCGAAUCCGGAAAGUCCUACAAACAUCUCUGGUAGCGAGUCGGACUCCCAAAAUCAGACUACCGAAACCGACCAUGGAGAUCAUGAUCUUAUUCUCAAGGCCACCAGUGUCUUGAUAGCGGAUCUCUGCCAGCAAUUUGAUGGUGGCCACCCUGGUGGUGCCAUAGGCAUGGUAGCCAUAGGGAUUGCUUUAUGGCGCUAUGCCAUGUGCUACUCACCUGAGGACCCUACCUGGUUUAAUCGAGACCGCUUUGUUCUUUCCAAUGGGCAUUGUUGUUUGCUCCAGUACAUCUUCAUGCACUAUGCAGGGUACAGAGACAUGACUAUGGACCAGCUCAAGAGCUACCAUUCUGACCGUCUUGAUUCACUUUGCCCUGGCCAUCCAGAGAUUCAAAACCCAGGCAUUGAAGUAUCCACCGGACCCCUUGGUCAAGGUAUUGCAAAUGCAACAGGGUUGGCAAUGGCUGCUAAACACCUUGGAUCCAUAUUCAACCGCCCGGGGUAUCCCAUUGUUGAUAAUACGACCUGGUGUCUUACUGGGGAUGCUUGCCUGCAAGAAGGCCCUGCUCUUGAAGCAAUAAGCCUUGCAGGUCAAUGGGGACUCGACAAUUUGAUUUUGAUCUAUGACAACAAUCAAAUACAGAGCGACGGACCAGUUAGACUGACAAACAGCGAGGAUAUCAACCUCAAAAUGAAGGCGUGCGGCUGGAAUGUUAUCAAUGUUGACAAUGGCUCCCGGGACGUCAAUGGCAUUCUCUCCGCAAUUCACUCAGCCAAGGUGCGAAAUGGCAAACCGACUUUCAUCAAUGUGAAGACCGUCAUUGGGAUCUACACAAAGAACUCGAAUACAAGAAAAGCACAUGGAACUCCGUUGGGAGAGGAGGAAACUUUCCAUCUGAAGUCCCGCCUUGGUUUUGAUACAAAUUUGAGCUUUGAUGUACCAAAGGAUGUCGCCGACUUCUUUGCUUCCAUUCCUAUCCAAGGUGCUGAACAUGUCCGCAAAUGGCAAGAUCUGCUUGGAGAGUAUGAACGACACUAUCCGGAUUUGGGUACUCGGUUUCGGGAACGUAUGAAUGGCAAAGCUCCAGAGGUUAUAAACACAGUUAGCCCGUUUGAUCUAUCGUUGAACGUCUCGGGGUGGUCAAACUCUCCGUUGUCAACAAGAGAUGGUUCUGCUUAUGUCAUUCAACCAUAUCUGAAAAGGCAUGAUUGUUUCAUGGUUGGCACUGCGGACCUGGACUCGAGUGUGGGGCUUGCAUGGGAAGGCAAAGAAGACUUUCAAUCGCCAAACCUAUCCGUGGCAAAAGAGUUCCGAGGGUCCUAUACAGGACGAUAUAUUCACUUUGGUACUAGGGAACAUGCCAUGGCAGCUAUUUCCAACGGCAUUGCAGCUUACCAUCCUGGUACCAUUAUUCCCAUAACUUCAACUUUCCUCAUGUUCACGCUUUACGCUGCGCCAGCAAUUCGAAUGGCUGCUCUACAAGAUCUCCAGGUGAUCCACAUUGCCACUCAUGACUCCGUGUCGAUCGGCGAGGACGGUCCUACUCACCAGCCUGUAGAAGUGGCAGCAUUGUACAGAGCGAUGCCAAAUUUACUCUUCAUCCGUCCGGCGGAUGUUGAAGAGCUUGAAGGAGCAUGGCAGGCAGCAAUCGCAUCGACCAAAAUGCCAACCAUGAUCAGCCUGUCUUCAGAGCCUACCGAGCAAUUCCCAGGGAUGACCAACCGCCAGAGUGUACUGAAAGGUGCAUACACGAUCAUCCAGAAUGAGCGAGCAGAUGUGACACUUAUAGGUGUUGGAUCAGAGCUCGAGUUCGCGGUGCAGACGCACAAGUGCUUAGCAUCAAAAGGCAUUGCUGCACGUGUCGUUAGCUUCCCUUGUCAGAGACUUUUUGAGCAGCAGUCGCGGGAGUACCGACGAGAAACAUUGCAACGCAAUAAAGGCAUUCCGGCGGUGGUGAUUGAAGCGUUUGUCUCAAAUGGAUGGGAACGUUAUGCCGAUGCUGCAGUAUGUAUGAAAAGCUUUGGAAAGUCGCUGCCGCCACGGCAGGCACAAGCGUAUUUUGGAUUUCAGAAGGAGAAUAUUGUAAAAGUUGUCAUGGCGUUCUUGGAGGACUGGCACAAUGGACAAGUACAGGGUGAAUUUCAGGAACUUGCGCAAAUUAGAAUUUAA